UCUCUCUCUCUCUCUCUCUCUCUCUCUCUCUCUCUCUCUCUCUCUCUCUCUCCCUCCCUUUCUGUUGUGUGUCACCCGAGCAGCCUCCAGCAGGCUGUGUGUGUUUACCCUUGCUAGGCCUGGCAACAGGGGCUGCAUGCUCAGGAUUACCGGAGGCCCAGUCUUUCAUCACCGCCUGCUGCCUCUUCCUUUUGCCAUUCACGUCCUGGAUUGCGAGAGCCGUACGAGAGGGGUCAGAAGGGAGCAGAGUGAUUUUUGGGGGGUGUUUUUGGUUCUCCUACUACCACUUUUCUGCAUUUUCUCUCUUUAGUUUGACAUUCAGUUCAGUCUUGUAGGGUGUAUUUUUGUGUUUUUUGGUCUGGAGUACUUCAGUGUGGAUUUGAGGUGAUUGAAGCAAGAUGGAUCAUUCUCUGUUUGGCUGCCUGCGGAACCCACAUGCUCCGGCUCAGACUCUCCACCCGGCUUUUACCCAGUCCUCGCUGGCAUUGCAUGGCCGCUCAGAUCACGUCUCCUACCCUGAUUUGCCAGGAACCUCACCGCCGUGCAGCUACACAGGAGAGGAGGGAAGUUUUGGAGCACUUCAUGCACGCAACCAUCCUUCUCUUCAACUGCCCCAUCAACAACACCAUCAGCCCACCUGGCAUGUCCAGCAGAUGCCCUCACCUGGCAGCACUCGUCACGCCGCAUGCCUUCCUCACCAUGACACUCCUGCCACAGAGCUGUGCACUGGAGGAACAGCGAGUCAGAAUAUGUGCACAGCAAACACGGGCCUAGGAAACACUGACCCAGCGGGAGCAGUGUGUGGGUCUGGGGACUACGGGCGGCAAACAAUGUCACCCAUCGAAGCAGAGAGAAGGAACAGUAAAGGAAAGAGUGACAACUCGGAUUCCCAAGACGGGAGCUAUAAGUCAGACAUGAGCAGUAAGCCCAGGAAGGAGCGCACAGCGUUCACCAAGGAGCAGAUCCGGGAACUGGAGUCAGAGUUUGCCCACCACAACUAUCUGACACGGCUAAGACGUUACGAAAUUGCUGUCAACCUUGACCUCACAGAGAGACAAGUGAAAGUGUGGUUUCAGAACAGAAGGAUGAAGUGGAAACGAGUGAAAGGAGGACAGCAGGGAGCUGCAGCGCGAGAGAAAGAACUGGUGAACGUGAAGAAAGGAACCCUGUUGCCCUCCGAGUUUGCAGGCAUGGUGGGUCUGCAUCACCCUGCAGGUUCCCCCACCAAUGAGGACGACAGUCAUGACAGUGACCAGAGCUCUGAGCAUGCUCACUUAUGACCUUCUGGAAAUUUACACCUGAACCUUACAGUUUUCCUCAGGAAUCUACAACUCUUAGAAUUAUAGGCCUUGAAAACUAGGGCCAAUGUUUAGCAUUUACUCAAAAUCUGAAACAUCUUUGAGAUGGAAAGACUGGACACAUAAAGAAAAAAGGACUUGGAUUAUAGCUGUAGAUAAAUGACUGCAAUUUUUUGUUUUUGUGUUUGUUUGUUUUUUACUUGCGAGCUCUGGAUUUUGUAAAUAAAUGUUCGGAACAUUCCACUUAAGUGCCUUGGGGAAAAACGUUGCACUGUUUUAAGUAUUGCCUUUAUUGAUUGCUACUGUAUUGACUUAGUGUUCAAUUUGAUGAUGUAAAUGAACACUUGCAGCAUUGAAAAAGCAGCAUUUUGCCUAAUAAUAAUAAUAAUAAUAAUAAUAAUGAUGAUGAUGAUGAUGAUGAUGAUGAUGAUGAUGAUAAUAAUAACAACAACAACAACAACAACAUCAUCAUCAUCAUCAUCAUCAUUGUCAUUUUCUGAAUCCCACUGGCUAUUGAAUGCCUAUAAAUAUCCUGUAAAAGGCAGUUAACAGAAUGCUGUAUUUCUCACUGAGCUAAGCACCAAAACUACAGUUUACUUUGGACAUUUAUUUAAAUAUUAUAAUUUGACCAAAUAUCCUAUUAAUGACAAAAUUAACAGUUUUUACAAUACUUGCAUCGCUUAAUUCCUGCUAGCAUGAAGGCUGUUAUGAUUAAUAUACCAAAUGCAUUUUAUACCAUUUCUGAUCUGCUCUCUUGGUUGUGUAGUUUAUUUCUUUUUUUUUCUCAAAUUAAUACGUUUACCUUUUGAAUAAAUAAGGAUUGCAUUUUUGUUCAUCCAUUGACCUGAAUAAAUUUACCACAAAGUUUUUAAACUAUUU